AUGUCGUUGCUGCAAUCUUACCGGAAUCUGUCACCGCGCACGCGCCUUGGUGUAGGAGUUGGCAUUCUCGCUUGGGGCUUCAUUGGCCUGCAACUAUCUGACCGCGCAGAGGAAAGGUUCGGCCUCAAGGCUACUGAGGAGGAUAAGGCUGCAUUGAGCCACCUGGCCCCAAGGAUUGUCACGGUGGAGAAGGGCAAAGAUCGCCAUGAAGGUCAGGGUCUCUCUCAGGUUACAACCUGGACACUUCUAAACCUUCAGAUUUCCCCAAACUGCUGUACUAGGGCGGGGGCCAGACGUUUCAGCGCUGUUGUGACCAAGGUCUUUUUCAAUUACAGCGACGGUUUGGCAUAG